AUGACCACUGGAGCUAAAUUGGCCCACCAAGAUGUCACAGGCCAUCAAUCGCAAUUGUCGUCACUAUCUCCAGCAACAACUUCUGCCAUCAGCAUGCCUCUCGGCGCUGGAGGGCGACGCGAUGGCGAGACCACGGCUUUGACUGCAACGGGUGCGGCCGUCUCUGCAGUACCGAAAAAUAGCCCUUCCAACCGUUUUGUUAAACGUUACCGAACAGAAAUCGCAGCCAGCUCUUCCAGCGUAUUCUCUACCCUCGCCGCUUUCCCACUUGACAGCGUCAAGACUCGCAUGCAGACCUACCACUACAAUGGAUUUCUCGACUGUGUUCGCAAAACAUAUCAUGCUGAGAAGCUUGGCGGCUUCUUUCGAGGCGUCACAGCACCGAUGGCAAGUAUAACGCUUGUCCGCACCGUCUCCUUUUCGAUCUACCAACGUGCCAAAUACUCUUAUUCAGCUUGGGUUAAGCGGAACUUCGGCUUUGAUAUCAUUGGCCAUGUUAAUCGCCCUGGCACAUAUCCGAAUCUCUACUCGGUCGCAUGCUUUGGCGCUGCUGGUGCGACCGCUGGCUCUUGUAUAACCUUUCUCGCCUGUCCUUUCGAGCUCACCAAGCUCAGUGCGCAGGUCUCUGUACUGCUCGCUGAACGCGGUUCGACCAAUAAAGGCAGUCACGCUGUGGCAGCUAGCUACCAAAAUAAGGGCACCUUACGGACAAUGGCGAACAUCAUAAAACACCGGGGUAUUUUUGGUCUGUAUACUGGCCUGAAGCUUCAUCUCCUUCGUGACACAUUAGGCACUGCUAUCUAUUUUAUGGUGUAUGAAAGCGGAAAACAAAUUGGAAAUACAUUGGCUGGCGAUCAUCCCAACAGUAACAAAGUGGCUGUUGUUGCCGCUGGCGGUAUGUGUGGUUUAGUAUCGUGGGCAAUGAUCUACCCGAUCGAUUCAGCCAAAAGCAUCUACCAGCGAAACUCGUUACUCUAUUCCAAAGGGGAAAAGGUCGAACCUGCGCCAAAGAUCGAAUUCUUCAAGCGUCAUAUGUACCGUGGCCUAGGAGUUUCUAUGAGCCGGUCAUGCGUUGUGAACGCCAUAUUUUUCUCGUCAUUUGAGUUUGUCAAGAAGCACAUCCAUCAAAUGGAUGAUGAGAAUUAA